GAGAGUCCGAAAGUUCGAAAGAAAGACGAAUACUAAAUGGGAAUAAUCACGGGAGGAAGCCCGAUUUUCGUGUACUCUCGAAGAUAAAUGACGUAAAUAUGGAAUUUUUAUUUGGCGAGAUCAAACCUCCGAGUAAUUCAACUUCCAUAAACAAAGGUAUUGUAAAGUUGGCAGAAUUCACAAAAGAGUCGUUAGACCUUAUUAUUAAUAGUUAUGGUUAUGUUGACGGUCUGGAAAUAUAUGGAAUAUUGAUUCAUGGAAACAAAAUCAAGAUAUUUAGCAUGGAUUUAACUUUUGACGGUUUAUACCAUUAUAAUCAAUUAUCAAAAACCUUGUUGCCAACAGAAAAUGCGAAUUUCCUAAACAUACUUACUGUAAUUUCUACAUUUUAUUCUUUAUUGGAAAGGAUAAGAUCCACCAUUGUAACUAUGAAUUCAUCUAAACCAUUAUUGUCAUCCUCUGGUCACUUGUAUUGUCAAAAGUCGAAUUCGUCACCUAAAAAAAUUCGUGUACCGAUAGUUAGAGUUUAAUCACACAAAUUCAAAUGUUGACUUGAAAUUAACAGUAUUGUGCUUUUAUGUUAAUAUAAUUACUUAUAAUAUUGAUGUAUGUGUGCGCUGUACGUAUAAUAAUAAAAAUAUUAGCAAUAUUCAUGGUAUUAUAAUAUUGUCAGACAAAUGCAUUAUAUUAUUUUGGUAAUUUUUUGCCAUUUAUCUUUGCAACCUUGUAGUGAACACUGAAACAUGU